CCUCGUCCUCAGGGCGUAAAGUAUAAAGAUCGCGGGUUAGAAUCAGCAGCAGCGCCGCUCUCAAACUCUUCUGCUCUCUUCGCCUCCCGUUCUAGGGGUAGGCUUAGGGUUCUUUCUGUGAACUCUCGUCGGACGAUCACAGGGGAAUGGUAUUUGCUUCAGAGAUGGCGUAUGCUGCGAUGAAGCCAGCGAAGCCGGGUCUGGAAGAGCCCCAGGAGCAGCUACACCGCAUCCGGAUCACCCUCUCCUCUAAGAGCGUCAAGAACCUCGAGAAAGUUUGUGGGGAUCUGGUGAGGGGAGCGAAGGACAAGACGCUGAGGGUCAAGGGACCGGUGAGGAUGCCCACCAAGGUUCUCCACAUCACCACCAGGAAGUCCCCCUGUGGUGAAGGAACCAACACCUGGGAUCGGUUUGAGCUCCGUGUACACAAGAGGGUAAUUGAUCUUAUCAGCUCUCCUGAAGUGGUUAAGCAGAUAACCUCGAUCACCAUCGAACCUGGUGUAGAGGUUGAAGUGACGAUUGCAGACCCUUGAUUUUUUAUUUAUGUAGAUCCAUUGAGUUCUUGCUUAAGGAUCCUCUAACAAUCAUUUGUCAUUUUGUAAUAUGUUGAUAAAACUUUUACCAAUUUUAAAGCUUUUACUUUUUAGCAUGUGACUGGACUCGCUCUUGCUGAGGAUUUUUGGAAUUGCCUCUGCUUAUCAUUUUGAUGAUGUUUUGCUUGGGUCUUUGAUUGGAAUGCUCAACAAGAUAAAUUUAAUUUGUAUGAA